GAAGAAGAUGAAGAAGAAGAAGUAAAAGAGGAAGAAAAAAAUAAACAAAAAAAGGAGAAGAAAAAGGAGAAGAGAAGAGAAAGAGAGACAAGAGAGAGAGAGAGAGAGAGAGAG